CAACGCUCUAGACACUGGAUAGAGGAGCUUGUCAUCGAUGAUCCUUCUCGUCGUUUCUCUGUGUUUCCGAGGAAAUUCGAAAUAUAGCAUGGGAUUGGCUUCUCGACAUCGAUGGCGUGCAAUAUGACUGACUGGACGCUGUGGCGAUAACAGCGAGGGGGCUCGCACAUACGUACGCUUGCACGUGCGAAGUGAUGCCUGGAGCCUUUUGGUGUGUAUAAUAUGCUUGAAAAGGUAGGCGAUAUUUCAUAUCAACCAGACACUCAGUCUUCAUCAUCUUUAUCAACCAAAUAUCACAAUCUACAAACUAUCAAUAUGCCUUCAGUUGCAUACAUGAACCAGUCGGCGCCUUUCUGGGACUUCAUUGCAAGUCUUGAACAGCAAGGCGCUCAACAAUCUCACUCUGGACAGAACCGCGAAGACGGUACGGAGAACGAGCAAGGACCUCAGGGGCCCCCAGACCCAUUUGCCCCUUGGACUUGGGGCCAUGGAUUUUUCGGUGGCGGUAGAGGAAUGCCUCAUCACGGCGGUCCUCCCCACACCCGCCAUGAACGUCGCCACGAAGAGUCUGCAGGCGAAAAGGAAGCAGAUAUGAACGAUGCAAACGACAACGGGGAGGGUCCAUCUGGCACCUCCGGCUCUGAUAACGAAGUUCGUGACGAAGACUAUUCAAACAGAAGAGAACACCACGGCCGUUGUGGUGGAGGACCACGCGGUCGCUGUGGACCUGGUGGCAGGGGUGGCUUUGGGCCUCGACACGGCCCUGGACCGCACCAUGGAUUCGGUUCUCACCAUGGCCCUUACCAUGGCGGUCGCCGCGGAGGGUGGGGCCCAUGGGGACACGGGGGUCCACAUGGAGGCGGUCCCUUUGGUUUUGGUGGCAACUCUUUCGACCCAUCCACUUUUGUCACUCACCUUUUCAAUCAGUUCAAUGACUCAGGUCCUUCGAAUGAAGACUCUGGGAAUAAGGCCAGAUCAUCUGGAAACGAAGACCACGCUCCUGAAGCCGACAUUUUCGACACUGAAUCAGCCUAUGUGGUCCACAUCUCCCUUCCUGGCGCUAAGAAGGAAGAUGUCGGUGUGAACUGGGAUGCUGAGAAAAGCGAGUUGAGUGUUGCUGGUGUUAUAUAUCGCCCCGGAAACGAAGAGUUCUUGAAGACACUUGCUGUUGACGAGAGGAAGGUGGGUGCUUUUGAGCGAAAGAUUCGUCUAGGAACAAGAGUCAAUCCUGCAAGCAUUGAUGCUGAUGGCAUUACUGCCAAGUUAGAGGACGGUGUGUUGAGAGUUGAAGUGCCGAAGCUGGACUCGGGCUACGUAGAGAUCCGCAAAGUGGAUAUUGAGUAGUUUCCUCAAGGAGCCGGGCGAAGCAGUAAUGGGGUAGCAUAUAGCGAUAUGUAGGGAAGCUUUUUUGUUUGAAUAUGGAGAGCAGGUACUUGCA